GAGUCGGACGCUGAGAAGAAGAAAAGAUUUUGAAAACGUCAAGAGGCUGCGUUCUCUCUUUGCAAAUUCCCUGAGCUGAUGUAGAGAUAUGACGCUGAGCGAAAUUAAGGGGACUGAAGAAAAUUGUGUGCAAGGUAGACUUCGCGCAAGUGAAUGUGCGCAAAAAAGUCUCUCGUGUUUGAAAAGGUUCAUGUUUGUGCCCGUUGGUUGACUUAUAGAUAGGUAUUUGUGGUGAAGUCUUAAAGAUGGAGUUGGUGCAGAAUGCAAGUGCUUGUGAAUUGAGUGUACAAAGUGUUAGUACACUUGUACCUGCUGGGUACACUCAGCUCCUUAUGGACAAAAGUACAGUUGGAUUACAGCCCACAAACACCUUUGUUCUGGGUGCACUACAAGACACGUUUGAAAAAGUUGUUCGCAAAGGAGUUGUCAAGAAGAGGCUGAUUCUUAGGGAAGUUCUGCCAGAUGGAACAGAAGGGAAUCAAUUGGACGUAAUCGUGUAUGGUAUGUAUGCCCACAAAGUAGAGGACAUCUUGAAGAGUGUGGGAAGCUCUCCAAAUCAAUGGGUCAUCUUUAUUAAAGGAAACAUUGGUAAGUUCCCAGCAUGCGGAACUGGGGAAGGCUGGUGUACAAACUGUUUACGGAUCGGAGGUAUAGGAAUGGCUGAAGCGCAGGUCAUCAUAGUCACAGAGUCCCAACCUCCAGCUCCGACCCCAAGGCAAGAGCAGGUUAAUGCGAUGAAUGUUGCUUCUCCUGAACGCAGUUGUCCUUCACAGCUUGCCAUUCCUGAACUCCGUGGCUCAGCUGCUGGACCUUCCAGCAACAACAGGAGCAAUAGAUUGUUGGGGAAUACCAAAGUACACAACAAGCAGAAACCAAGGAAGUUUGAGACCAUUAACUCCUUGAAGAUUGGCUUGAAAUGUGACUUGUUUGCCGUGGUGAACGAAGUGGUCAAGCCCCCCACAUUGACGGCACGCCAGUCACACCACAUGCUCCUAGGACUAGUGGAUCCCACAUGUCUUCGAGAAGGAAGCCAGCGGCCAGACCUCCUGCUGCAUGUCUUUAUCAAUGACAAGGUGUCCAAUAAGCCCCUUGGAGAUCUCCCUGGGGGCAUUGCAAGUGGGGAUGUCAUCCUGGUUCGUGAUAUGUUUACAGAACUGUAUCAGGUGGAGAACAAGGUACAUGGAAAGGUCUAUUCUGCCAACCAGAUUGUCAAAUUCAGUUUUGAAGGAGAUUCCGUUUCACCAGUUACUCAUAGCACCUCAUACGUUUUUACAGAUGCGGAUUGCAAUCAUGUGGUUCAUCUGCGUCAGUGGUGGAGCCAAGUGAAACACAUCUGUAGUGACAAGCAGCAGGAUGGUGGACAGGGCCAGAAUGCAGAGAACGAGUUUGAGUUUGGUGAAGCAACAAUAGCUGAAGUGAAUCGUGAUAUGCACUUCUCUUUGUUCUGUCAGGUGCUAGAAAUGAGGCCAGUAUCAAAACUAAACAAAGAGAUUGUAAUUCUGCGUGUAAGGGAUGGAACGCUGUCCAGUGUGCAUACUCAGCAGUGCAACCUGGCAGAUGCCACCCAGGACCUUCUUUCUCAGACUGAUGCCUAUAGUAGUGUGGGUUCAGGAGUUGUAGACAUUAACGUAUUGAGUCCGACAGAAGAUGCCAAAGUGCUGGAGAGUGGCGAUUUUGUGCUCCUGAAGUAUGUCCAUGCCGUGAAUAUGAACCCAGAUGUCUCAGCAAAUUUCCAACCUCCAUUGUUUGAGCUGCUGAUGAAUGAUGCCCGCUGCUCCAUAAAGAAGAUUUCGCCCAGUCACAGUGAGACACGGAAGAUCUUGAGGCGUUUAGGAUACAACAAUCCUUCAGAGGCUGUGAUAGAUGCACAAGACAGCCUUCUGCAGGGACCAAAAGUACCUCUAGGUCGUAGCACUCCAGUGAGGUCACCAUUGAAGCCAAGUCCAAACAGGAUCAACACGCAGCCCCUUAGUCCUCAGAGGCUGCACAGGAACAAAAGCAACACAGGACCAGCCUUCGCACAUCCCAACACGUCAAAGGUAUCUCAUCCACGAAAUGGGUCUCCAUUGUCCCAGAGAGACAAGAUUUCAAGUGUACACUCUCCACAGCUUUCAAUGCAUACGGACUCUCUUGAGCAAGCAAUGGAAGGGUUUCAUACACAGUCUGAGGAUAUGGGCAAGUCAGAAGGGGUAUCCCAGGAGCGCAGUCCCGGCCACAAGAGUCAGUCUAUUCGACAGACGCAGUCAGUCCAUGAGUUUGAUCAGGAUAUGAGCAGUAUUGUCUUCCCUCCAGACCUGCCAACCAGCACACAACGCAUGUCAUCUGAUGUCCACAGUAAAGGCCCAGAGAGUCGAGCAAGCGGUGACUGUUCCCUCUCAUACUCGGCAACCCGUGAAGAUCUAGGUCUUCCACCCAUAUCCCCCUCGCUGUCCGUUGCCAGCAAUGAUCAUAGGAAUGCAGACAUGCCACGCAUUUCCCCAGUGCCUUCCUUUGGUAACAGUGAUCAUCGUACUGCAACUCUGACUCAAGAGAAAACUGCUAAACGCAAGUUGUCAAUGAUAGAAGAGGUUGAGGAAGGUGCGACAAAGGAGAAUAAUAAGAGAGCACGUAAAUUCGUGCCCAGGAGUGUAACAACUGAGUGUUUAGGAGAGUAUACAGACACGUCCCUCAAGGAGAUGGAGUCAGACAGCCAGCCGGGAGUUCUGUACAGAGUCUCUUGCAUCAUCAAGUCAUUGUACAUCUAUCCUGAUAAAGACUUGUGUCAGAAGUGUGGCAAUGGUAGAUUGUGCCUUCAUGAUUGGGUGUGGGGGCUGUGUGAGAAGUGUGGGACUGUACACUCAGCUUCGACACUGCGCAACAUGUUCUCAGAGAGAGACUUAUCUUCGUUGACUGCCCUCUCAUGCAUCCAGUGCAUAGAUAAUGCAAAGAAGAAUAUGAAAGGAGGGACAGAAGAGAAGCUCCCCAGCAAGGCCUCCACUAGCACAAUAGAAGAACAGGACAAUCCCCAACAAGGCAUGUCAACCUCACCAUUGCCCCUGAAGCCAGCUUCACAUGCCUCAAGAAGCAGCACACCAGCCUCAACUUCAAAGAUUCACCCUGAAAGUGUCAUGGACCAAGAAGCUGCGUCAAGUACAGCCGGUGAGAAAGAUAGGGAAAGGGCCCUAGCUAGUGAGGACAUGGCUGUGGAUCCACCUGCAACUGUCACUCCCAUUUUAAGGCUCAAAAUUGGCCUUGCUGAUCCUCAAGAUGGGAAGGAAAUAGAUGUGCUACUAAAUGGAGAUAAUGCAAAAUGUUUCUUUGGUGUGGAGCCAACAUUCAGAUGGGUUGUGAGAAAACCAGAGAGGAAAACAGCAGAGUUAAUAUGUUCCCUUUUAAGGGAGAAAAAGCCCUUGUAUUUUGGUGUAGAGAAACUUGGUAAAAGGAAAGGGUCCAAAAUUUACACGAUAUCCAAUACUGUAAUAAGACUCCAAGAUUAGGAUGAGAAUAAAAGACAAAAAAUUGUAGAUAGUGCAGAAAUUUUUCUAUAGUGUUCUUAUUUAAUGAUCUAAACUCAAGGGGCUAUCCCACAAAUGAGAAACACCAAAAUACAUGCUGAAUGUGCAACUUUUUGGAUGUGGUGCAUAUACAUUGGUUAUAUAUAUAUAUAUAUAUGUAUAUAAUACUUUUUUUUUUUUUUAGACAUUGUUUACAUGUAUAUACUACUAUUUUUCUCUAUUAAAUUAUUAAUUUGUCCUUGUAAGAUGUAUUUCAUAGAAAGUGUUAAUAUAGCUGUUUGGAAAUCAAGUGAUUACAAUAGUAAAGUCCAAAUGUUCAAAGACAGAUGAUGAGGUCUUACAAUUAAUUGUAUAUACAGUCACUUGUAGGAAUUUUCAAUGAAGUUGUCUAGUCAGAAACUGUAUAUGCAAACCAUAUACCCAUUUGUUUCUGAAUAUAUAUAAUUAGAUAGAUACCAGUGUACCUGAUAUCUUGAAAAUAAUCACCAUCAUGUCCUUUGUAUUUUGAUACUGUAAUUAUUGUCAACACAUACUAAUCUUAAUGAAAACAGCCAAGAACAAAUUGUACCUUGAUACAAACAGUGAACUCCCAUUUCAAAUGUCGAUCUCUCUCUUUUUUAUUUUUGAAAUUGCAGCAGAUUUAUGUCUUGACUGAACAUUUGAGAAUAAAAUGAUGUUCAUUUGUAAA